GUCAGAACGUGUUUGAGCCCGAAAAUGUUCGUCUGUGUUGUUAGAUUUCGAAGGAACGGGGGACUUUGCGAGGAAAUAAUACACAAUUUGCCGUGAGGAAGGCGAACGUUUAACAUAGAUUCAUACACCCUAGUUAGUUAUACUCCAACUGCGUACAAAGAUUGCGUUUUUCCGGUGACCCGAGUGGGGAGUUAGCGCGAUCGUUUUCCCGGAGUGAUGUCGAAUCCUGGGACUCGAAGGAACGGGUCCAGCAUCAAAAUCCGGCUGACAGUAUUAUGUGCCAAGAACCUCGCAAAGAAAGACUUCUUUAGGCUGCCGGAUCCGUUUGCCAAGGUGGUUGUGGACGGGUCGGGCCAAUGCCACUCCACUGACACAGUCAAGAGUACCCUCGACCCCAAGUGGAACCAGCACUAUGACCUAUACAUUGGGAAGACAGACUCCAUCACCAUCAGUGUGUGGAACCACAAGAAGAUCCAUAAACGGCAGGGCGCCGGGUUUCUGGGCUGCAUACGGCUGCUCUCCAACGCCAUCAGCAGGCUAAAGGACACAGGCUACCAGCGCCUGGACCUGUGUAAACUGAACCCCUCAGACAGUGAUGCUGUCCGGGGGCAGAUCGUAGUGAGUUUGCAGACGCGAGACCGUAUAGGCAGUGGGGGUCCUGUGGUGGACUGUCGGGGUCUGUUAGAAAAUGAGGGGCCUGUGUUUGAGGGCUGUUUCAGCGAGGAGCCGCUGCCGUACUCAGACCCCACGGGCGCCGCAGGUGGAGGGACAUGCCGUCUGGACUCACCCAAUCAGGAGAGCAGGCUCCAGACCCAGCGAAUCAGAGGCCAGGACUCCAGAGGCCACGGCCACACCCCUCAGAACCGACCACAUGGACACCAGUCACCAGACCUGCCUGAAGGCUAUGAACAGAGGACCACGGUGCAGGGCCAGGUAUACUUCCUCCACACACAGACAGGGGUCAGCACCUGGCACGACCCCCGCAUACCCAGGGACCUGACCAGUGUUAGCUGUGAGGAGUUGGGUCCGCUGCCAGUUGGCUGGGAGGUCCGAAGCACAGUGUCCGGAAGGAUCUACUUUGUGGACCACAACAACCGAACCACUCAGUUCACUGACCCCCGCCUACACACCAUCAUAAGUCAACACUCCCAGGUGAAGGAGUCGUCCCAGGCCCUGCCGGGGGGUCAGAUGGAGGUGGGGGGUGAGGAGGGGGGAGGCGGGGGAGGGGAGGGGGAGGUGGCAGUGCGCUAUGAGAGAGACCUGGUCCACAAGCUCAAACUACUGAGACAUGAGCUGUCUCUGCAGCAGCCGCAGGCUGGACACUGUCGCAUCGAGGUGUCACGAGAAGAGAUCUUUGAGGAGUCGUACCGGCAGAUCAUGAAGAUGAGGCCCAAAGACCUGAAGAAGAGACUGAUGGUGAAGUUCAGAGGAGAAGAGGGCCUGGACUAUGGGGGCGUGGCCCGGGAGUGGUUGUACCUGCUGUGCCAUGAGAUGUUGAACCCCUACUACGGCCUGUUCCAGUACUCUACAGACAACAUCUACACACUCCAGAUCAACCCUGACUCCUCCAUCAACCCUGACCACCUGUCAUAUUUCCACUUCGUGGGCCGUGUGAUGGGGCUUGCAGUGUUCCAUGGCCACUACAUCAACGGAGGCUUCACCCUGCCCUUCUAUAAGCAGCUGCUGGGCAAGCCCAUCCAGCUGAGCGACCUGGAGACCACUGACCCUGAGCUGCACAAGAGUCUGGUCUGGAUCCUGGAGAACGACAUCACGUCAGUCUUGGACCACACCUUCUGUGUGGAACACAACGCCUUUGGGAAGUUCAUGCAACAUGAAUUGAAACCUAAUGGUCGGAACAUCCCUGUUACAGAGGAGAACAAGAAGGAGUAUGUGAGGCUCUAUGUGAACUGGAGGUUCAUGCGUGGCAUCGAGGCCCAGUUCCUGGCGCUUCAGAAGGGCUUCAGUGAGCUCAUCCCCCAGCACCUCCUCAAACCCUUCGAUCACAAGGAGCUGGAGCUGAUCAUUGGUGGUCUGGGGAAAAUCGACCUGGCGGACUGGAGGACCAACACUCGUCUGAAACACUGUGUGUGUGACAGCAAUGUGGUGCGCUGGUUCUGGCAGGCUGUGGAGGCCUUCAGCGAGGACAGAAGAGCGCGGCUGCUGCAGUUUGUCACCGGCUCCACCCGCGUCCCUCUACAGGGCUUCAAAGCACUGCAGGGUUCUACAGGUUCUGCAGGCCCAAGGCUCUUCACCAUCCAUCUGAUAGACGCAAACACGGACAACCUGCCCAAGGCCCACACAUGUUUCAACAGAAUAGACAUCCCACCGUAUGAGACCUACGAGAAGCUGUAUGAGAAGCUGCUGACUGCAGUGGAGGAGACCUGCGGCUUCGCUGUGGAGUGACUCGCUCUCUUAUGUACAUGUGUUCUCCAACACCUAGCACAGACAUCUUUAUACAAAUGCUUACGCAGAUAAACAUACAAACAGUGAUGGAUGGUGUCACAAUAAACCCAAACCUGCUUCACACACACACACACACACACACUCUCUCUCCGCCCCGCCCCACCCUCUCUGGACAGCUGAGGGUUUUGGGGAGAGGGGGGGCGGGGGUUGAGCGAAAAAGUAUUUUAGAGUUUUUCAGAUGUUUUGAAGAAGCAUUUUUAUCCUUCAGUUUUAAUGAGCUAUGAUGUCAUUCUUCAGAACACCAACAGUGACUAUGUCUCUGAUGAUCCUCCAAUCACACACAGUCUCUGAUACGGUCUGUAUCUGAGGUCCACCAAUCAGACGCCUCAACAGAAAGCAGCGACCAAUGGUCUGACAAGCAGAUUGAUUUAAUAGUAUUCAUGCUUCAUGUUUAACCACUGUUGUGUGUGUGGGGGGGGGGUUAUUUCUGUGUGUAUGCGAGUAUGUGUGCAUGCCUGGUGUGUGUGUAUGUGCGUCUGUCUGGUGUGUGUGUGUAUGCGUGUCUGUGUCUUGCAUGGAACCUGGUUAUUAUUUUUAUAAAUGAUCAAACGAGCCUCUGUUUGGGUCUGUGACUGCUCUGAUCCACUCUGACCGUUCAUGUCUGAUUAUUAUUUAUUACCGUGUGAUUACUGACCAUGCUGCUAUGCUCAACACGAGCCCACACUAAUCUCUUCUGUUAGUUCCCAACCUGACUUUUAAUCCCAAAUUGAGUUUGUAGUCUGAUGGCACACAGGGGUCCUCUGACCUCUGACCUGCAUGUAUUCAGUUAGCAGUGAUGUGGGCGGAGCCCAUGGAGGGUUAAUGUUCCUGUGUGUGAAAUAUGCAAUAAAGAGAUCCAACCCUUUCAUUCACAGCUCUCUCUAUCUCUCUGUCUCUCUAUCUCUCUGUCUCUCUCUCUCUGUCUCUCUAUCUCUCUCUCUGUCUCUCUAUCUCUGUCUGUCUGUCUGUGUCUGUCUCUCUCUAUCUCUCUCUCCCUCUCUCUCUGUCUGUCUCUGUGUUCAGCUCAUUGGGGGUUUCUUGUGUUUCGUUUCCUUUCCAGAACACCAUGAAUGAACAUUUUUAACACUCAUUAAAACUACAUAGAAGUGAAUGAAACCCAAGCUAAAUGUUGUGUGUGUUGGGAUGCAUUGUAGGUGGAAGAUGACUGUUUGCAGUAUCGUUACAAUCUACAAGCUUUAGGUUCUGAAUUCAUUGUGUAAUGGAUGCAAGCGUAUUGUAACUUACUAUGUACUAAACAUUUAUGAAAAAAUACAAUGUAAAUAAGAUUAUAUUAAAGAAACUAAAUUGAAAAUAU